UGGUUAUGGACCUCAGAGUGUGUUUUGAAAACUUCGACAACGUGACGCCCGGCGCCCCUCGCGUCUUCCUUUACGAGGUACUCUCGAACGCGCUGGCGAGCGCCAUUGCGCGCAUGCACGGCGAAGGCGUUUGGGUCACGCCGGCCACGCACAACUUUUUGGUCUUCUUCAAGAUGCUCUUGACCUGGCAAGCGCUUAACAACCACGUGGCGACGGCGACGGACGACGAGAUGCCGGCCGCGUCUCGGUGCCGUUGGCUGAACUUGGUCAAGGCAGGCCUUUACGAGACAGUGCCGGACAUGGAGAUGGUCCCAGGCAGCGAUUUUUGCAACGCGAUCUUGAGGCGGCCACCGCACCCCGUCGACGAUGUAAAGCCUGCACCGCUGGCUUUUUACGACCGCCUUGCCAUCUUUUUGUUUCCAUCAACGCUGCCGGGCUCGACAAGUACGUUUGACAUCGACGAGUUGGCGCGACACAAGGAGCUCGACCUUCGCUUCCUUGUGCUGUUGACGAACCGCCGCGUCGAAACGAUGGGCCGGCUUCCAGAGUGGGCUCUUACGUUUGACGCGGACCUCGUGUAUGACUUGGUCAAGCUCAUCACAGGCAGACAACUCAUCAUUUCCGACGACAUGGUCACGCGCGCUGCCGACUCGUUCCAGCAUUUUGUAUUUCCCGUCUUCUUUCCGCCGCGAUUGCCUGGCGCCUACCGCCCGUUCACUGCGCCGGCUGCGCUCCCGGUCCUCGACGCAGCGGCGGUCAUGGAGCUCUUGCGCGCGGCGUUCGAAGCGCGCGACCAAGAGAUUGCGAGCCACGAGCAAGAGCGUGGGCAAUAUCUCUCGACAAUCGAGCGUCUUAUGAGCCAACUCGCCGACUACGAAGAAGAAGAGACAAAGGAGUGAGCUCUCUCGCUUCUGCAACUUGUGUAUAUGAGUUGUCGGGCCUCGUGUAAUGACUUCCUAAUCAAUACAUGUCGUGUUAUGCUUGUUUUCGUU